CAGGAUACGUCUUAAAGAGCUAGCAGGGCAGAAUGGAUCUCCUGGUUGUGAUGAUACAUACUUGAUCAACAGAUAUUUAUACUCCUAAUUCAAGCUCGAAAUGGGAAAAGGCUGUAAAGUUGUGGUGUGUGGCCAGGCAGCAGUUGGAAAAACUGCCAUUUUGGAACAGCUGCUGUAUGGAAAUCACACUGUAGGCUCUGAGUCCAAUGAGACGCAGGAGGAUGUGUACGUGGCCUCGGUGGAAACUGACCGUGGUGUGAAGGAGCAGCUGAGGCUUUACGACACCAAGGGCCUCCACAACGGACAAGACCUCCCCAAGCAUUACUACUCAGUGGCAGACGGCUUCGUACUCGUCUACAGUGUCGACAGCUUGGAGUCUUUCAAGAAGGUGGAUGUUCUGAAGAAGGAAAUAGACAAAUCCAGAGAUAAAAAAGAGGUGACAGUCGUAGUGCUGGGGAAUAAGACGGACCUGCGGGAGCGUCGUCAGGUGGAACAGGAAGUGGCGCAGCAGUGGGCGCGAAGCGAGAAGGUAAAGCUGUGGGAGGUGAGCGUCACCGAACGCAACUCGCUCAUUGAGCCCUUCACCCAGCUGACCAGCCGCCUCACCCAGCCUCAGAGCAAAUCUUCCUUCCCUCUGCCUGGACGCAAAAGCAAGGGCACCACAUCUAACGACAUGUGAAACUCUGAAGGUCCCCUCACUCCUCUCUCUGCUCCUCUGAAUGACAGGCUGCAUUCAUCGUCAUAUGGAAACAAGCAGCAGGACAACAUGGAUAAGCCUUUAGUUUAGCAACAAGACUUUAAUCGCUACUGUGUACAUUUCACCAUUUCACACUCAGUCAUUCAUUCAUGUGCAACGUUAACAUCAUUAUGAAGGAACCGUACAGUUAUUGACUUACUGUGUGAAAGUGGGAUGAGAAGAUCAGUACCAGAAUCUUAAUUUAUCUUAGCAUGAAGACUGGAAGCAGAGGGUGAGGUACUGCGUAUAAUGAAAACAAUAUGUCUGCCAACACCUCCAAAGCUCACUGAUUAACAUGUUAAAUCUCACUUGUUUAAUUCAUUCACAAGUAAAUGUUUUUGAUUUUUAGACCUGUCCAGUCUGUGGCAACUCAAUACAAUGACCCUGAUGUAAAUGUUACCUUUACAAAGUUUAUCAUGUGCAGUUCUUUCUGACGUAACUUCACAGGUGUUGAUGUGUGUUUAUUAGUGAGCUUCAGAUGUGUUGGGCCAGCAGUUUCCCUCCAUUCUUUAUGCUGAGCUCGGCUAAACCAGUCCUGACCCUCGUGUCGUACUUUGCAAGAAGUGUAUUCCCAGAAAUGUUGAACUUCUCACUGUGAGGAUACAUGCUGUAGUUCGUCUUUAACAGCAAACCAAACACAAGUGACAACCACAAAGACCAAAUCCACAUCUGUCACAUCUCCAACCAGUGAAUGAAAGCCUUUCCAUACUGUGUGCUUAGUGUGUAGUCAGUCUGUAUUUCAUGGGAGAAACAUUCAAGUUAGCAUGAGCACUUUAGUACCAAAGAUUUGAGAUAACCCAAACACAGAUCAUGUAGAUUUACACAGUUAACUUCCACUACUUUUUUUCCCGCUUACAGCAGGGGUGUCCAAACUGUUCCACACAGUCUGGAUUCUGAAACAGCCACAGGAGCCAUCUAUCUUAAUACUCAUGCUAUGUACAUUUAAAGAGUUAUUAUCUUUCUUCCUCUCAGUCUUGGUAGUGUCAAUAUCCUAAUGGACUAUAUAGAAAGAAUAGGGGGACAGAAUACCCAGUCCACCCCCAAUGUGUUUAUGCACUCCACUGUGGAUUUGUGGACUGAACAGAUCCCUUUGUGAAUGAUUACAGCAACAUUUAACUCUUUAAACAUGCAGGUGAACAUGUGAUUGUUGAGGAAUCUGAAACUGUCCUAUUAGCUCUGGCACCAAGUAGCUCAUAAAUACUGAGAGUGCCAGUAUUUUCAAAUAGGAGUUUUGUACAGUAGUAAAAUGUUAUUUCCCACCUGAUGUGAACGCAGCAUUAAUCCUUGUCCUCUGGCAGGACUCAGCUAGCCUAUACAUCAAAUAUGGCUUGGCAGCAAUAAUGUUCAUUGUACCACCUUAACUUGUGAUGUAUGAUUUCAUUAUGUCUGACAUUAGUUGCACUCCUGUGUGUCAUCCAGCCUGUAUAAUCCAAUAGGGCUAACUAGUUAAGGCUGUUUGUGUAUGUGUGUGUGUAGGCCUUUUUAACAAUAGAAAUCAGUGUUGAGAGGAAAUAUUUAUUUUUUAACUAAUUUAUUUUUGUCACUUUAAUGAGCCACAUUCCUUGACUUUUGAAAAUAGUGAGUGUCAUGGAUGAUCUGCGCUGUUUUCUGUGUCCUUAAUGUCUCAGAGUAAUAACAUUUAACGUGCUGCUAGUACACCAGAGGUAGUGAGAAGAAGACUUGCACUCUGUAAUCAUGCUAACCCUAAAUUAUUCUGUGCUCUGUAAUCUGUCUUAAGAUGUGAUGAAUAAAAUAUAGCCUCU